AUGAAGGAAAAAACUAAAUCAACCCUAGUAAAUCCAGUUGAAAUCUAUGCAGAAGGAACUAAUUUACUUUUGACUUCAUAUAAAGCUCGAAUUCUAGUUGAAGACAUUGUAAAAAGGACUCUCCCAAACCAACGACCUAAAAAUAUUCCAACCGGAAAAACUACUAUUGAAGGUUAGUAAUUCGAUCCAAAUUUUAAUAGAAUUUUUCGCGGAAAAAUAUGAUAUGUUUAAAAUUAAUUGAAAUAAAUCCAUAAUUAAUUAUGUAAAUACUAAUAAAUUAAUUACUAGGUGAUUGGGCGACUACUGGUGUAUCAAACUAUACACGACUUUACUACAUGACACAGGGGUAGACUCAACAAAUAAAAUUUGUGGUAUUUACUAUUGACGAUGGAUUAAAACUUUUGAGCGAGUCCAAUAAAUGGUAUUUGGAUGGUAAUUUUGCUGUAGUUCCUAGAAAAUUUAAGCAGCUUUAUGUUUUUAGAAUACAAGUUAAAUCCGUUUUUAUUAUUGCUGUUUAAGUAUUAUUAUGUAAAAAAAAAUCAAAAAACAUACGAAAAAUUCUAUCCAUUAUACUGAAUAUUUGUUCAGAUAGAAGUUUAUACCCAGAUUCUUUGAAAUUGCACAUGGGUUUUGAACAAUCUAUGAUUCAAGCUGCAAAAAUUAUUUUAGGAGAUUACGUACAAAUAAGUGGUUGUUUUUACAAGUUUCUGAAAAAUUCAGAAACUUGGACUAGAAACAUCAUACAGAGAAGAUAA